AUGAAAUCACUUUCCUGGGAAGAAAGGGGAAUACGUGUUGAUGGAAGAUUUGUCUCGAUCCUUCGUUUCGCGGACAACAUCGUUCUCUUUUCGAGCAGUACCAAUGAAGCAGAAACGAUGCUCAACGAAUUGAACGAAGCAAAAAAGAGAAUAGCACUGCGAAUAAACAGAAAGAAGACACAGUUCAUGAAGAACGCCUACUGCAAGGACGGAGGAGCAAAACUUGAAGGCUCCCAAAUCGUGGAAACUUCGUCAUACGUAAAUCUCGGACGUUCUAUGAACAUGGAAAACGACUUGAAGAAAGAACUGAAUAGAAGAAUGAGAGCAGCAUGGGCAACAUUCGCAGCCGUCAGGGAAGCUUUGGACCAACUGACGAACCAAGAUCUUCGUGCCCAUCUGUUCGACUCGACAGUUCUCCCAGCAUUUUGUUUCGCAGCGGAGACGUAG